GAAAAGCACUGGAGGAUGGAUUUCAUUGUUAGAUGAAGGGAUAGGUAAAGAAGCAGAGAAUUUGGCUGCCAAACCAGAGGUACCCUCCAAGGUAAAGCUGGGGUCAAAGGACACAGCUGACAUGGUUUAACAUCCAGGCUUACUAACUCAACUACCAGAAGUGUCCAGGGAAGUGUGAUUCUCCGUAAGGCUGCAGUAAGAAAAGAGAUGUUAAUAGAGUUGCUUAAUUAAGCUGCUGGAUAGUUCUCACAAGAGAAGCCAAAGGAGCGGCUGUAAUCCUUUAAAACCUACCAAGGAGAAACAGCAACAGUGUGCGGCUGCUACACUCUGCCCAGCACCACUGCAUCUCUCUUUAAUGGAACCAAUCAGCUCUGCUCUGCCACCAAUACAGUAUGGAAGCCAUCGCCAAGUUUGAUUUCACUGCUUCUGGAGAGGAUGAGCUGAGUUUCCAAGCUGGGGAUAUCCUGAAGGUUUUGAGCUCCCAGGAAGAGUGGUACAAAGCUGAACUCCGAAGCCAAGAGGGCUAUGUUCCUAAGAACUUCAUUGAUUUCCAAGUUCCCCCCUGGUUUGAUGAGAAGAUAUCCCGCCACGAAGCUGAGAGCAUCCUCAUGAGCAAAGGAGUUGGUUCUUUCAUUGUCCGAGCCAGUCAGAACUCUCACGGUGACUUCUCCAUCUCUGUCAGGCAUGAAGAUGAUGUACAACACUUCAAAGUGAUGAGGGACUCAAAGGGAAACUAUUACUUGUGGACAGAGAAAUUCUACUCACUGAACAAGCUGGUAGACUACUACAGGACAAGUACUAUCUCCAGGCAGAAGCAGAUUUUCCUGAGGGACGACAGCCGAGAAGAGAAGGAAAGGCGUGGUGGGAGCCUGGAACGAAUGAGCCGGGAUGGACUCCAUGUGGGUGGAGCAGCUGGAGAAGCUCAUUCUUCUAUCUCCAAGAGAUAUGUGGACCAUCCUGUCCCCAUGUUGCACCAGCAACAGGAUAGGUACGGGGGGAGCCUGGACAGGAAAGAUGCACUGCAUGGACUAAGAUAUCAUAGCCAAGGAAGUGCAGCAGCUAUGCAACGCAGACACACGGACCCACUGCACCAGCAGACACCGCGAAUACUAUGGGUCCGUGCCUUGUACGACUUUGAUGCUGUGGAACAUGAUGAGCUGGGCUUUCGCAGCGGAGACAUCGUAGAAGUCCUAGACAGCUCCAACCCAUCAUGGUGGAAGGGACGUCUGCGUGGGGAACUGGGUCUCUUCCCUGCCAACUACGUCACACCGGUGCUACUGUGAGGCUGCAUUUGUGCCCCAGAGGUUCAUAUCAGAGCUGCUCGUCUGACAUGACAGGGACAGAGAAGGAGUGCAUCUUCCCUUGUCCCCAAGACAUUUGGUGGUUUUGGUUUUGUCUUAAUUUAUUGGCAAUUGAUCUUCCGAGACGCUGGUAAGAAAGAGAACCCUCUGAAGGAUUUUGUUUCCCUGUUUUGCAUGUUCAUGACUGAGAGGGGAGCAAGAAUCCUGGACUGUUGGUUGAAAUCUUGCUGGAUCCUCCCUGCCCAUCAUUCGUUUGUUUAAGUAUUGAUAACUUCCUGCAGUUGGGUUCGUUCAGUGGAAAUGGCACCUCAGAGAAAUCAGGCUUUGGUAUCUGGGUAGAACCUACCCCUUUUAUUUUGGAUCUGGUUGCAUUUAUAGUCCAUUCAAGCUCUGUUUCACCUUUCUUUCAGAGGUAGGACAAGUGCCCAGGUGAAUAAAAUGAUGACUGGUAAUCACAUUUCUUUUAGAUAGGGACGAAAAGUCCUCAGGCUGAGGCACAAGGCAACCAUGACUUUUCUAAAUAUUUUUUGGCUUCCACCUCUAGCACUUUCUGUGGGCUUAGACUCUGUGGAUACCAGGUGAAGGGGCAAAAUCCUGUAAGUUUUUGUACAAACAACCUGGUGAUGAAGAUAUGGGAGGGUGAGAAGCUAAUUUCAGUGCUUCUACAGACAGUAGAAGACAGUCUGUGGAAGCACUACAGACAGUCCUGCUGUCCUGCACUUCUGUCUGCACCCUAUUGCAGCAAUCUGUCUCAUUUUCAAGCUGCUUUCCAAGGUACCUGUGCAUCCUUGUAGAUGUCCUGGUUAUAGAGCAGAUCAAGCCCUUCAGCUAAAUGAAUAUCCUCUGGAUUGAAUAACAGUGGGCAAGCCUUACUGGUUCCUUUCUAAAACUGCACUGGGGAGGGGCUGGGAAGAAGAGGUUUUUCAGGUUUGGUGCCAGAAGUUCUGUCCCUGAGAAGGUGGGGUGUUCUGGAUCACUGAGUACACGGCUCUGACUUGCCAGUGGAAUGCCUCAUGCAAAUCAUUGAGCUGUUACUUUACAGUAUGCAGAGAAUAAAG